AUGGUCAAACAAGGUAUCAAACUAAAUGUUGUUACUUAUACUUCAUUAAUGGAUGAAUAUUGCCUAGUUAAUGAAGUGAACAACGCCAAUGUUAUAUUCAACACCAAGGCCCAAAGAGGAGUGAUACCCGAUGUCCAUUGCUAUAAUGUCGUGAUUAAUGGGUUUUGUAAGAUUAAAAUGAUGGAUGAAGCCAUGGACCUCUUUGAAGAAAUGCAGAGUACGAAGCUUAUUCCUAGUACAGUAACUUACAACUCUCUUAUUGAUGGUUUGUGCAAAUCAGAGAAAAUCUCACAUGCUUGGGAGCUUCUUGAUCAGAUGCAUGAUAGAGGUCAACUUGCCAAUGUAAUCACUUACAAUUCCUUAUUGCAUGCUUCAUGUAAAAACCAUCAUGUUGGUGAGGCAAUUGCAUUGGUCAAGAAAAUUAAAGACCAAGGCAUUCGACCAGAUGUGUCACAUACAAUACACUUAUGGAUGGACUUUGCAAACAAGGAAGACUUAAGGAAGCACAAGUGA